AUGUUCCUGACUCUCCUGGGCGGCGCGACCAACACCCGACCCCUGAACGAGAUCUACUUCCUGCAGGUGGACACGAGCAACAUCCCGGGGGCACCCUCGCUAUCCCGCUGGACGUUCUGGCAGCUAUGCGCCGUGGUGAAUGGCAAGAGCCAAUGCGGCUCGUCUCACCCGGACUACCCCUUCGACCCCCCCAGCUCGCGCAACUUCGGCACCACCACUAACAUCCCCGCUGCGUUCGUCGGAACGAACCACUACUUCCUGACCUCGCGGUUCUCCUUCCCCUUCCUGCUGAUCGCCCUCUUCUUCGGCGUCAUCUCCCUCCUCACCGGCUUCCUGGCCAUGUGCACGCGCAUCGGAAGCUACCUGUCCUCGCUGAUGGCCUGGAUCGCCCUAGUCUUCCAGAUCAUCGCCACCUGCUUGAUCACUGCCGUCUACGUCCAAGGCCGGAACAAGUUCAAUGCCAACAACCAAACCGCCCGGCUGGGCGUCAAGGCCUUCGCCUUCAUGUGGACCGCCGUCGCCUGUCUCUUCAUCGCCUGCCUGGCGUACUGCAUGGGCGGCGCGACGGGCCGCAAGGACCGCGGCCGGGGCUACAGCGGCCGCGAGCAUCGCCGCAAGGGCUUCUUCUCGUCCGCUCGCUCCAACAGCUUGAGGAGUAACAAGGAGACUGCCGCGGUCUAA